AUGGACGCAACUAGCAGACGGCCGCAACUACCUGCGCUUAGCUACCUGGAUAUCGGCAAGGUCAAAAGAGAAGAGGAGGCGUAUCAAAGUCGCCAUGGUGGCACUGCGCAAACUCUACCAUCAGUGACGGCAGCUAGUCCUACGUACGCAUAUCCGUCUGGACCUCCACCUCCAUACAGUCAACCGGCAGUAGCGUCGACGCUGCACGCAAGUGCAUGGCCUACUACAACCUCUGCACAUACCCCGCCUGAGUCACGGAGAGCCAGUGAAGAGGAUGCCAAACAGAGACAAUCUUUGCCUUCAAUCUCGGAAGCGCUUGGCGUGGACAGCCAAACAUCGUAUCAAUCCCAUACGCGCCCCGCCGUUGCGCCUGCAUCUCCUUUGUCUGCUGGGAUAAAAAGAUAUGGUAUGGAACCACCGCCAGCGCCAACGGUGCAUACUUCGACAGGAGCCUUUGCACCACACAGGCAUGAACCGCCGUCUGCCCUCCACCUGCAGACCUCGCAAUCCGCGCCACUGCCGGCUCCUCAACAGCCCGCUUACAGUUAUCCUCCGACUUCCUCCCCAAGCUCUACAAGCACAUCUAGCUUUACCUAUGGCUAUACUCCAUACCCAUCACGAUAUGCGCAGCCUCCACCAUCGACAACGAGUGCAGCGAACGGACCGAUAUACCAACCAUCGGCAUCGUACCCAGCACCACAAACGCCUUCGACGCCAUGGAGAUCAGAGAGCAGCACGAAGUUCGUUCCAAGCGAGCCCGCGAUGGGGCCUGGAGACUACAGCGCUUCCGUCAAACGCCAUCUAGACCUUUACGAUCUGGAAGGCGCUUUGAACGAGAUCAGCCAAAGUAGUAGCAUUCUGACCGACUUUUCACGCCGGUAUGGCGACCGUCUACACCAAACAGCAAGAUCUGGUACACCUUUGGGAUCACUACCUGGACUGGUUGAGGUGAAUGACAUGGUACAAAAGUCGCGCACACAAGUGGAAGCGCUACUUAAGAUACGAGAAGUAGUACUGGCUCAGCAAGCAGCAUAUGAUCAACAAAUCGCCGAGCAGCGUCCCCCUAAACAUCACGUUGAUGAGCCAGCACCGGCAAGCCACGACCUCGACUCACAAGAUGUCGAUGAGUUGAAAGUUGGGUUCGCUGGCUCCGACACCAAGAAACGGCGCGGCCGUGCUGCGCCACCAGGCCGUUGCCACAGCUGCAACCGAGCAGAGACUCCUGAAUGGCGGCGCGGACCGGAUGGUGCCAGGACCCUCUGCAAUGCUUGUGGCCUACACUACGCCAAGCUGACACGCAAGCAACAAGGCGUUAGUAAAUCGGCCAGUAGCUCAAACUUGCGCCCAAAGGAGGCAUAA